CACCAAGGAUGUCGACGAGGCGAUGGAGAGGUGGCACGACGAGCGUAUCCGGCUGUACGACGCCUUCACCGUAGCCGGCCUCCGCGUUGAGGCCAUCGAACCCGGCCGCACCCUCUGCUCGUUCACAGUCCCUCCUCACCUCACAAACUCCAGCAAGCGCAUGCAUGGAGGCGCGGUGGCGUCACUGGUGGACCUGGUCGGGUCUGCGGUGUUCUUCGCCGGCGGCUCGCCGACGACCGGGGUCUCACUGGAUAUCACCAUCUCCUACCUGGACGCCGCCAGUGCAAACGAGGAGAUCGAGAUCGAGGCUCGGGUCCUCGGCAUCCGCGACAAGACGGGAUGCGUGACCGUGGAGGUGAGGAGGAAGGGCACUGGCCAGGUGCUCGCGCACGGCCGCCACACCAAGUAUCUCGCCGUCGUCUCCAGUAAACUGUGAAGGCCUGCCAUGAAAGAGGCAGACUUGUUCUUCUAAAAAUGGAAGGGGCUGAGUAUAUACGCACAAACCUGUUGUCUUUGCUGGCUAGCUUCUGCACGAUGUUUUGAUGAUGCAAUAUAUACUAUGUAUAUUUGUGCUAGCUGUCUUCAUGUACAAUAUGGCAUCAUGGCCUACACGAUG